UUGGUGUUUCUCGACACAUUUCUGUGCAUAAAAUUAUAUUUGUAUUCGCUUUUACAGGGUUGAUCACCUUCAUUUACAAGUUUUUCUUUACAGUGUUUAUGUUUUCCUAGGUUCUCUAGUCACGUGUUUAUGUUUUUGUGCGAGACAUUUUUGACUUGCUGUUCUUGAGACAGCAUUAUAGCUUAAUUUUUAACGAUUCAUAUAAGCUCAGUGCAAUGUUUAUAUGAGAGCUUGGUGUCUCAUGAAUUUAUGUUAUGAAACUUGAUCUUGUAUGUGUGUAUAGCUAAUAUUUUUCUAGUAAAUUUUAUACAGACCUAAAAUACUUUAGCACAGUGUACUGACUAUGUAGUAUAUUUAUUUUUACACAAUUCGAUAAUACGUUUUUUCAUGUUAAAUACAGAACGUUUUUUAAUGUAAUGGUGUAUAAUUAUUCCUUUAUUUUUUAAACUUGCUAAAAAAUUACAGUUCUAUAUCUUUAGGUUGAAGUAGACAUAAAAAUAUAUGCACGAAAUAUUAUUUGUGUUUUUGAAAUGACAUUACCAGUCUCCUUGUAAGGGACAGUAAACACAUAUCUGCAAGUAUGUCUGUUCCCCAGUUUAUCGAUGAUUGUAAAAGAGAUCUUGGAGGUCUUGGUAAUAUCUUUCCACGCCAUAUUGCUCAGUACAAACAAAUGGUGUGUAGCAUGGACGAGGCACUGGAACUUGACAAGACAUCGGCUCACAAAUUUAAGAAGUCUGUAAAGGGUCUAUACAAUGCACAGCUUGGUUAUAUAACCAAUGAAGUUAGUUAUGCAGAAAUUAUGGAGAAAAUGGGUUCAGUUGCGUUGUCAAGAGAAGCAGAGACAGGAAUUGGUACAGCUUUCUUGAAGUUAUCUGUGAUUACAAAGGAAUUUGCAAAUCACAGAAAAACCAUGUGUGAAAAUCUGAAUAACAUGGUUUUGUUUCCAUUGAAUUCGUUAUUGAAAGGCGAUAUGAACAAGAUUGGAGAUAUGCGGAAACCUGUAGAAGAAGCAUGGAAAGAGUAUAAGUCAAAAGGAAUCAAGAAGGAUGCAAGAAAGAAGACAUCUGAAAUUGUAUUAUAUCGCAUUGAUCCACCUGAGAACGUUGAUGAAUCAGAACGGGAAAGGCGCAUGUUUAUGUUCAAUGCUUGUGAGUAUCUAAUGAAAGCAAAUGAUGUAAAAGUUAAAAAGGGUGUGGAAUUGGUCCAGCAUCUAAUUGAAUAUUAUCAUGCUCAACUAAGAUACUUUAACAGAGGGAUGCAAUUGCUUGAAAGUAUGAGAAGUUAUUUUGAUGGGCUUGCAGGCGAGCUUCAACAAUUGAAAACAGAAAAAGACGAGGAAAAGAAGGAGCUCACAGAUAUCAAAAAUCAGCUUAAAACAAUUUUGCAGUUAGAUUCUCAAAAAGAGGGUGGCAAAGGACAAGGACAAAACUACAAGCUUCAUGGGCAACAAGGUGAUAAACUUUACGGUGGUGAAAAAAGUGGAACACUAUGGAAAAGAAGUGAAGGUGUAAGAAAGCAAUGGCAAAAGAGAUACUGUGUUAUUAAACAAGGACAGUUUACAUUAGCUCACAACCAACAAAGUGCUCCAACCACCACCUUGAACCUUCUUACAUGUCAAGUUAAGCCUUCACAAGAAAAAGAAAAGAAACUAACAUUUGGAUUAGUAGCUCACAAUAGGACGUAUUUGUUUCAGGCUGAGGACGAAUUAGAUUAUGAUGCUUGGAUAUCUGUUCUUAGUAAUGCAAGAGAGGAGGCAUUAAACAUAGCUUUCGGUGAGGGCGAAGGAGCCCUUUGUAAGGAACCAGUAAGCAGCAUUGAUGAACUUACCCAAGGUAUUAUAUCUGAAGUGAGGCGAUUACCUGGAAAUAACCAGUGUGUUGAUUGCAACGCAUUCGAACCCACGUGGUUAUCUACUAAUUUGGGUGUGUUGGUGUGUAUCGAAUGUUCUGGAAUUCAUCGUGAGCUAGGAGUACACGUCACUCGUAUAAGAUCACUGACACUGGAUAAACUUGGAACUGCUGAGCUACUGCUUGCAAGAGCUGUUGGUAACAGCGGUUUCAAUGAAAUUAUGGAAGCAGAACUAGAUCCUUCUCACAAACCUGAAUCAACUAGCAAAAUGGAAAUAAAGAAAGAUUUUAUUCAAAAGAAAUAUGUACAAAAGAAGUUUUAUCAUCCAUCUGGUCACUCGCCAGAUGUUUUACUAGAGGAACUGAAGCAAGCUAUCAAUUAUCGUGACAUUCUUGCCAUACUACAGUUAUAUGCAGAUGGUGUUGAUUAUAGCAGUCCAUUUUCAGACGUAGAACACAACAAUUCAGCUUUACAUUACUGCAUAGUAAAAGAAGAUUUGACGAGUUUGCAUGUUGUUGAUUUUAUCACUCAAAAUUGUAAAAAUCCUAAUGUUCAAAAUGCGUUGGGUAAUACAGCUCUCCAUCUUACAGCUUUAUACAAUAAUCCUGAGUGCACAAAGCUACUGGUGAGGGGAGGAAUCAAACAAGAUAUCGUCAACAAAGCAGGUAAAACAGCGUUGGCAAUCGCACAAGAAUUAGGACACAAGGAAGUUGUUGAACUGUUGCAAGAUGAUGGAAGAACUGGAAAAUUCGAUCAUGUUAAAAUUGAUUGGGGACUAGAAGAAACAGAAGAUAUAUACGCAACACCUCUUGAUUUAGCAGAACUUAAACUAGAACUCAUGAAUGAAGCUCAAGAAAAGAAGUCUGCGGUAACAACACCAGGUCUGUCCACACCUGGUGCAAUUCAACGUUCUGUUACGUCUCCUAAAAACGCUGUAAAAACACCUGCAGUUCCAACGCCCACUUCAACGACGACCAUGAGUAACACUUCAGCCAGACACAGUAUUGCUUUCCCUUCAGACACCAAGGUUGCGCCACCGUUACCAGAAAAAUCUCACAGUCGGCCACCGCCACCUGCAAGAAAAGUUAAGCCAAAAAAUACCACUCCGCCAUCAGGUAGCAGUGCACCACCUAUACCUGCAGAGCAGACGGCUUUAUUGAAUAGCGCUUCUACUAAUCCAGUUCUCAGCACGUUUGCUCCAAAAUCUUCCACGAAACAACAAACGGGUUCAGAAAAGAGCUCUAUUUGUCCUCCUGCUCCGCCCACGCGAUCUUCAUCCUUUAUUCCACGAGGUAGUCCUAAUGAUCCCGCUGCUUUAUUACCACGACCUGACCGCCCACCGCCAACACCGCCCAGUGCUAAGAGGGGCCACUCAAGAAAUAUAUCGGAGGGAAAUAUUUUGUACCACAUGGAGGCCGAAAAUAAAGAAAGACAUAGAACGGGAUCAGUGGCAGACGCUUUGUACAGUCAGCCGAAAGACGAGAUUAUACCGUUAGAUCCAGAUGCUCCACCGCUACCUCCACCUCGACCAAAACCAAAAGUUGAUACGUUAGCUGUGUCUAAUAACGAUAGUUUCAAAGAACGUAACCCACCAAAGCGAACGUCGUCUUUACCUAAAAGAGUUGACGGCAGGGUGACGACUAAAUACCGGCGCGCCAAAGCUUUAUACGACUGUGACGCGGAUCACGACGACGAGCUGUCGUUUGUCGAAGGAGAAAUUAUUAUUAUGAUCAGAGAAGCAGAUCCUGAUUGGUGGUAUGGUGAAGUCGAAGAAGAACCCGAGCGCAAAGGGGUGUUUCCUAUUAGCUUUGUACACGUACUGAACGAUUGAUAAAACUCCCAGCAAUAGAAGAAACACACGCGAUGUUCAUUCCAACAAUGACUUUCAAUGCAUACCGGUUGCUUGGAUACUUCUGGCAUGGCGCCAUAUUGACUGGUUACGUGUUGAUCGGCUAACACUUGACAACGUCCACACAACGAUGUUUAUUCUUGUUUUGUUUUUGUUGUUGUUUUUAUCACAUAGUGAGCGCACACUGAUUAAAUGAAGUUGUAAAUAGAAAAUAUAUAUAUAGAUGUGUGUAGCAAGUGUGUGAAAAUCGUCCAAAAUUUUUCGUCGAACUAAAACAUUAAACUUUUUGCCUCGAUUGAUUUUUUUUACGUAUUUGCAUUUUUGUUAUGUCUGUUUAUGUGUUUCUUUUGAUUAUAAUAUCUCGAACUCGAGUACCUGCCUAGAAUGCAUGUGACUUCAGCAUAAACAGUUUAUUUGUACCCGAAACUGAAUAAUCAAGGCCAACUAAAUAGACUUCCUCCUUAGCCUGAUGACUCCCUCCUAAGCCUGAAUCGCCAAUUUUUAAAGGCCUGUUUAAACAUAAGUUGUUAUAAAAGAGAUGUUUCUAUAUGCACUGAUACAUCUUAGAUUUAAGGCCUGCUUACACUUGAAGAAAGUUAGUCUAUGGACUUGGUGGCACAGUCUUUUAUAGUGAAUGUUUUUGGAUCAUUAAUUUUUUUUAAUUUAUAUCAAAAUAUGUGGUAGAAAUUUCAUUUCCUCUUCAGAGAUAUUUUUUACAGUGUAAACGGAACUUUAAUUCGCAGUUGCAUUUAAAAUUUUAUGUUUGUCAAAUUCGAAAUUUCCAUAAAAUUCUAUUGAUCUUCAAUUUAAAUUUCGUCUAAUAAAUAAAUUAUAUUUUCCACACUACGUCAUAGAAAUACAACAUAAUAUGUAAUAAUUUAACAUUUCGUAUCAUUAAAAGAAAUAUAAUUACCAUGAAAAUAA